AUGUUGGUUGGAGAUGACACUCCAAUGUUGGCAUAUUUUGGAACUUCCAAAUCUUCUAGCAUCUCAAGAGCGUCUGGUGAGUUCUUGGUUGGCAUUUCAACCACUGCUUUAGCUUUUCCAUCUCCUGAAAUGGCAGAUUCACAGGGUUUGCCAAUUCAUCAUUCUGUCUCCGAUGUUGUUACCAAGAAGGAAAUGGCACUCUAUGGUAAGCCACCUGCACAGAAAGCUGUUCAUCUCAUACCUCUUGUGCUUAUCUUUUGUGGUUUUGUUCUUUGGAUUUUCUCUCACCAGUGA